AUGUUUCUAACUUGGUCUUCCUUUAACAACAUUAGAAUGCUCUUAAUGGCUUGCAUGCCAGUAGUCAUAUUUUAUUUAAUAUGGUUAGUUAAUACUUCAGAAGAAAUUCGGAGCGAAGAAGGAACUCUGUUGGAUCUAGUCUGCUGGCCUGACGGAAAUGCAAUUCCAGUUAUAAUAGCAUGUGGAUCCAUCGUGGCGGUUGUUAUUGAGUUGUACGGGUUGUACCAACUUUUUAAAGCUGGAUUACCAAAAAGAGAGUAUAAUGUAACAAAUGGACUGUAUUACUACGUGUGGGCGCUUAUUAUUAUCAUAAUAAUAUUUCUUGCGAUCAUGUUUUAUUCUGGCCUUCAAUCAACUAUCAUUAGAGCAAAAAUCAAAGGCGGUAUCACGAAAGCGAUGCUCCGGUACUCCACACAUUUGCCGUCCAAGGUGGCGGUAGACCGUCUGCAGUCUCGCUUCCACUGCUGCGGGCGAGUGAACUACCAGGAAUGGUUCUUCAUACCAUGGUACACCGCUGGACAGAGCACUGAUGUUUCCUCACUAUCUGUUCGGAAGUUCGUGGCUGAUAACGUGCCGUACAGCUGCUGCUCCAUGAAUGUGAUGUGGCCUUGCAUACACCACGGGGUCAUGCAGAUCGGAACUAUUUACAAGUAUGAUCCUCUACAACAUCUAACAAUUUGGGAAGAUGGCUGUGAAGAAAAGUUAAUAGGCGAAAUGAUGUCGGUAUCCUGGCGUUUCAAUUCAGUAAUGUCUCUCAUAAUAAUAGCGAUGAUUUUACAAAUAAUAGCAGUGCGUUAUCUUCAUACGGCAUACAAAAAUGGUCUCCACGUCGGAAAUCAAAUCACCUGCGAAGCGUACUUGCUUCGAUCCAACACUGAUACAAAAGUGGUGGCAGGUACUAAGAAGAAAGUGUACAAGAGGAGGAGAUUCCGUCAAGCUCGCACUCUACAGUGGGUGACUGCGACGUACCGACCCAAAAGAUGUACGACGUCAUCGGAAUCUGAUUUUAAUAGCUCUGAUGAAUUAUUGAAACCAAUUUAUGAAUAA